AUGGCAAUUCGAAGAGAAUAGUAAGAUUUAAAUAGUGACUUAAACUUUAAUUACUCAUAGAGAAGUUACAUGCAGAUCUACAGACCACUACUAGCCUCAAAAUAACACUCCAUCACUUGUCUGCCAGCCCGAGCAUGGCCAUCACCUGUAUAUCUCCCACGGGCAAGAGCUUGCAGUCACUUCAUGAGAGUCAGAGACAUUGAGCUGCAAUGCCAAAGUAAACGGGGUUUAUCUUCCAGAAAAAUUCAAAAAAAGAAUUUUCUGAUAAUGUUUCGACUAAAAUAAUCGGAGCCUAAGACGCAUCCCCUUAUACCGUGCUGGGGAUUUUUCAGAUUGACCAAGUGAUAUCAUCUGGCCUUAUGGGUGUCCCCUUUUCAACUCAGUGAGCCAUCUUUCCAUGUGUACAACCUUUGCCUGGAUAUGAACAUGCGAUCAGUUCCCUGGCUCUCUCAAUAAGCCAAUUGGUGCAGGUGCUAAGAGGGCAGGCUGGCUCACCACGCCAUUUUAAUGUAUAUAUUUAAAUAGUGACUACCUUUUCAAGCUUGUUAUAAUUGGUGACUCUGGCGUUGGGAAAUCCUGCAUCAUUGUCCGGUUUGCUGACGAUACUUUUACAGAAAGUUAUUUAACCACGAUCGGCGUUGACUUUCGAUUCCGAACCUUAGAUAUUGAUGGCACAUCAGUCAAACUUCAAAUUGUAAUUUUAAUAUAGUGGGACACUGCAGGCCAAGAAAGAUUUAGAACAAUCACAACUGCUUAUUAUAGAGGCUCAGACGGAUUAAUUGUAGUUUUUGAUAAAACCAAUAGAGGCAGCUUCAAUAAUGUGGACUCGUGGAUGGAAGAAGUCAAUAGAUACGCCCAUGAAAGUUCUGUGAAAUUAUUAAUUGGAAAUAAAUCAGAUGAAACUUCAGCUGUCGAGACAAGUGAAGGAGAAAGAAAAGCCCAGCAAUACGGCAUCAAUUAUGUUGAAACUAGCGCCAAAACAGCUUACCAGGUUGAUUUAGCAUUCACAUACAUUACAUUAAGAUUUAUAAGUUUAACGUCCUUUAUGGGGUUGCCCAAACCCAGAGCUUCCCGCUGCAUCCCACAUGCCGUUGGGCCAGCCUGCUUUGCUACACCAGGGGGUGACUCCGCUCAGUGCUGCCGACUAAGACGGCGAUUUAGCAUUCACAACUAUUGCUAGAGAAUUAUUAAAAAAACGAAGAGAAAGCGGCUUCCAGCCUAUUCCGAGGCCAAAAUUGAACUUAGCUGUGAAAGAAGAGAAAAAACAACCAAAUUGUUGCUAG